AUGGACAUCUCUUGGGACAACUGGCACAAAUGCUAUAAGGCCAGAGGCCAGAGAAAGCCCCACCACAAGAAGUGAAAAUGUGAGCUGGGACACCUGUUGGCCAAUCCUGGGUUUGGCCCCUGCCACACACACACAGUCUGUGUAUGAGGAGGCAGUGAGAAGCACCAAGCCUUGAGGCUGAACAGGGGCAACUUCUCCUGAGGCUCACAGUGCUGUCCAUGCAAAGCAGGGAUUAUUGAUGUUGUCUACAGUGCAUCCAACAACAAACUCGUUUGCACCAAGAUCCUUGCAAAGAACCGCAUGGUGCUUAUCAACAGUACACCAUAUCCAUAGAAGUGCGAGUCCCACUGUGCACUGCCUCUGAGCCACAAGAAGGGAUCACGCUAACUCUGGAGGGAAAAUAAAUUUUAAACAAAAAAAUGGUCGAACAAAAUUCAGAAGAAAUAUAAGAAAUGGAAAAAGAAUGCCAAAAUUAGCAGUCUUCUAGAGGAGCGAUUCCAGCAGACAGGCUUCUUCCCACAUCCUCCAGGACCAGGCCUCUGUGGCCACGCACAUGGGUACAUGCUGGAGGGCAAGGAGCUGGGGUUCUACCUCAGCAAGCUCAAGGCCCAGAAAAGCUAA